AUGGCUUGGGAAAAUGCUACUGUUUUCACUGAAUUUAUCCUGCUUGGACUCUCCAGUAACCAAAAAACACAAAUGAUCCUCUUUUGCAUCUUCUUGAUUUGCUAUCUAAUUAUUUUGAUUGGAAAUUCUGUCAUUAUUAUAGUAACGCUAGCAGAAAAUAGUCUUCAGACUCCAAUGUAUUUUUUCCUCACCAAUCUUUCUUUCCUUGAUAUCUGCUAUUCUUCAUCAGUUGUGCCUAGGAUGCUGAAGGAUAUGUUGUCAGCACAAAAAAAGAUCUCAUAUGCAGAAUGUGUGGCACAAAUGUAUCUAUCACUUUCUUUGGGGGAAACAGAAUGUAUCCUGCUUGCUAUAAUGGCUUAUGAUAGAUAUGUAGCUAUAUGUUAUCCAUUGCAUUACACUUCAAUAAUGAACAAAUCAGUUUGUAUAAAGAUGUCCGUUGCUACCUGGAUGUGUGGGUUUCAACUGUCUAUUUUACAUGUUGUACUUACAUGGGACACCAGCCUUUGCGGACCAAACGUUAUCAACCAUUUUAUGUGUGAGGUCCCGGAAAUCCUAGCAUUGAGUUGUCGAAGUGUUGCACUAAAUGAAUUUGUGAUAUUUGUUAUUGGCGUAAUUGUAUUAAUGAUACCAAUCACUAUUAUUAUCAUGUCUUACGUGAACAUAAUCUUCGCCAUUUUAAAAAUCACCUUAUCUACCAAACAGAUAAAAGCCUUCUCUACUUGUGGGUCUCAUGUGGUGGUCGUCACAUUAUUCUAUGGCUCAGCUAUGGCUACAUAUAUGAAACCCAGGUCCCAAUCCACACCAUGUACUGACAAAAUGUUUGCUAUUUUUUAUACAAUUGCUACUCCAAUGCUUAAUCCUUUAAUCUAUACACUAAGGAACAAGGAAGUUAAAAAAGCUGUGAAGGUCAGAAUUCAGAAUAUUUUUCUAACUACAUAA